UUCAAACGGUUCUUCCGUGUUACCUAUACGUAUUUAUUGAAUAUCAAUGAUUGGGCUGAUCGAAGUAAUACAAUAGUUGACAUUCAAAGUUUUGUUAAAAGACAUUGUACUCAUGCAUGUAGUUGAGUGUAAAUAAAACGGAAAUUUAUUAAAAAGGGUGAAAACUAAAUAAGACAUUGGAAUUAAAAUGAGUCUUUAUGUGUUUUUAUUGUACUUUAUCGUGACUAGUAAUGCUGAAGAUGUGAGUUACCGGGAAACAGGUUGCUAUGGUGAUGCUUCCGGUGACAGCGACAAUCGUCUGGUUGCAUCGUGCAGCACGGGGCGUAUAUACAUAAACGAUAUUCUUGUUGGAACAAAACCAUUAUCGGUCGGUUGUCCAUUUGUGGACCACCAGUCUUUUCCCGCCCUGGCAGAGACAUGCUGCACCUACAACACGUCUACAGACUGUGUGAGGCCCUACACUGGGUUCUCACUCAUGGCCUAUCUGUCCGACUGUACGGGCGCAGUGAAGUGCGAAAAACAGGUUAUCUGGGACGUGAUGGUGUGUGAUACGGCAGUACAUGUAUACCCUACAUUCAGCUCCUAUAUGGUGCUGGACUACGUGUGCAGAACAACUGGAGUGUUCGGUUCCCCAUGUGAUGGCGUGACGGACUGUCGGUACGCGCGCCCGGAGUGCCAGGACCAGGUUUGUGGAUGUGAAGACGAUUACUCCUAUGUCGGCGGGGAAUGCGUCCUCGACGGGUCGACGGGCGGCGAAUGUUUGCUGCAGGCCAGCGUCCCAUGCACGGACCCGAACGCGGAGUGCUCGUAUAGCGGUAUCUGCCAGUGUCGGGUCGGCUUCCGGCUUAUAGAUGACAGAUGCACUGAAGGUGACGACGGUCUACAGAGGGUGACGAGUUGUUACGGCGACAGGAUCUCACUGUCUUGUGAGACUGGAGGGAUCUACAUCGUGGAUAUCAGUGUGGCGGCAAAACAGUUACACACCAAUUGCGGUCUUGUACCAACUGACCAUGCCGAGUGUUGUACAGUGAAUGUUACCACAGACUGCAUCAACAAGUACGAAGGUCUAAGUAUCCCGAGUUUCCACGCGUGUUACGGGAAGCCCUCCUGCGAGAAGCAGGCGGUCUGGGCGCCCAUCACCUGUGAGCCGCCGGGACUCUUCCCGUCCCUGAGCAACUACAUGAUCAUUGACUACUACUGUCUCCCGUUCGGGCACAAUUUCGGUCCGUGCAGUGGUACAGCGGACUGCAUGGAUCCCGCCGCCGACUGUGACAAGGCUUCCUGUCAGUGUACCCAAGACCACGUUGCCGCGGAUAUUUUUGAUCGGUGCUGGGAAGACGGACAUGUGAACGGAGACUGCAUGUUUGGCUCAGACACGCCCUGUAAAGGACAGAACACGAAGUGUGACUAUGGAAGCAACAAGUGCGUGUGCAUCGAUACUUACGUCAUCGAUGACGUCAUCAUGGAGUGCGUGUGUCCAUCGGGCUAUCGGGAGGUCAACAGUUGGUGCACCAACGAUGGUAUGCCUGGCGGCUUCUGCAACUCCUCGGUACCGUGCAUUGUUGAAGGGUCUGUGUGCAAUUCUGUCACGAGCACGUGUGAAUGUGAUGCAAGUCAGAACUUGACUCUACAUGACGGGGAAUGUAUUCCAGCCGGAAACCUGCACGGCUAUUGCGACACUCAUACUGUCUGCGUGGAUCCAAACACGGAAUGUCGGGACAACACAUGCGUAUGUAGCGCAGGAUUCAGCGACAUUCAGGGAGAAUGCUUACAAGACGGUAUGCCUGGUGGCAGCUGUCUCGCGAACAAGCAGUGUACCCUCAACACCACACGAUGCAGCUACCUGACGGGUUUGUGUGAAUGUGUCGGCAAUUUCACGGCCGUCGGCGGAAUAUGUGUUGAAGAUGGCUACCCCAUGGGUCGCUGUAGUAAUACUGGCGUCACUCCAUGUAGAGAUGCUAAUACUGAAUGUAGAAAUGGGACGUGUGUUUGCGUAGAAAAUCAUACGUAUAUCAAUGGAAGAUGCAUUCUAGAUGGUACAGAAGAUGGAUUUUGUGAUAAUAAUGGCGGUUGCAGCGAUUUCAAAAUCCAUUGCAACUCGCCAUCUGGCCUCUGUGUAUGCAGGGACGAAUAUAUCAACACAGAUGGCGACUGUUCUUGUCCUGGUGGCUUCAGAGAUGGGAACGGAGGCUGUGUCCCUGAAUCCCCGGAUGGAACGUUAGGCGGUUUUUGUAACGCGACAACAGAAUGUUUUGAAGCACAUACCAAAUGUGACGUCAUCAGCGGUGUAUGCAUCUGUGAUGACGUCAACAAUUAUACGGAAUAUAAUGGCACCUGUGUGCCAGCUGGCAGUUUGCACGGGUUAUGCAGCGAGCUCAUAGCGUGCGUAGACCCGCUCACACUUUGCACCAAUCAAACCUGCCUUUGCUUGCCUCAACAUUCUGAAAUCAAUGGCAAAUGUCUGAAAGAUGGGUCACAUGGGGGUUACUGCACGGUCGCUGUCGAGUGUCUGCUUGAUAAUGCUGUUUGCGUCUACGGUAUAUGCCAGUGUGCUUCCGGUUACACGUUUAUCGACAACAUAUGCAUUUUGGAUGGUAGUAAUGGCGGGGUUUGCCUGACGAAUGCAACGUCUACGUGUAAUGACGUUAACGCUGAGUGCAACAGCGACAGGUGUCGCUGUAAGACGGGCUUCUUCGACAUUCACGGGAUCUGCAAAGAAGACCAGCAGCCUGGUGGACGGUGCUCCCCGCCGACUCUGUCCUGUUUGAGCAACUUGACCGAGUGUUCUGAAGGCAUAUGUCGAUGUAUAACCUCAUACACACUGGUUAAUGGUGAUUGUGAAAACGAUGGUAGUAUUUCCGGUGUAUGUAAGUCCACAGAUGUCGCGACCAUCGGAGACUGCGAUGACGUCAACGCCAUGUGUGUUGAUGACGACACUGGUCAAUGUGCCGGUACCAACUGCAAGCCGGGCAUUUGCCGGUGUAAGGCCGGGUAUAAACUAGGUUCACUAGGCCAGUGUGCAGAAGAGUGUGCAACGGACAGUGACUGCUUGGACGCCAACGCGAACUGUCACCCUACGUUGUUCGUGUGCGAAUGUUCCUUACAAUAUACACUUGUAAAAGACGCGUGUGUCGGACCUGGGGAAGUUGGUGGUGAAUGCAGAUCUACAUUGGGUUCAGAAUGUGAUGACGUACAUGCUGUGUGUUUGGACGGAAAAUGCACAUGUAAUGAUGUCAGACAUUACGUCAUAAAAGACGGAAAGUGUGUCAAAAACGAUACGUAUACAAACGGUCUAUGCGGGCAGAACAAGCCAUGUCGAGACAGUAACGCCCACUGUCAGAGUGGUACGUGUGUCUGCAAGGCCAACUAUGUGUCUGUAAAUGGCCGCUGUGUGAACGAUGGUAACAAUGCCCAAAGCUGUGACAGCGAUGAUUCGUGUCCAAAUCACGCCCAAUGUGUUGAGGGUCAAUGCGCUUGCGCGCAAAAUUACGUCAUGGUUCACGGCGUCUGUGUUAAAAGCAACUCUUCAGUGAUCUCUUCUUGCGAAGGAGACUCUCCAUACAACACAUUGCAACCUGAAUGUCCAUCAGGCAAGACAGCCGUAAUAACGGACGCCUAUACUAUGGUAGCCAUGAGGGCGGCAUGUCCGCCCAAGAUGGAUGUGUAUAGCUCCACCUUGUUUGAGCAAUGCUGCACGCCUAAUUCCACUGAUUGCAGACUCGAUGCCCCAGGCUGCAUGCAAGGCAGCUUCUCCACCUAUGACGUGGUCGAGUACACAUGCGUGGAUGAUGGUAGUAAUGGCGGGGUUUGCCUGACGAAUGCGUCGCCUACGUGUAAUGACGUUAACGCUGAGUGCAACAGCGACAGGUGUCGCUGUAAGACGGGCUUCUUCGACAUUCACGGGAUCUGCAAAGAAGACCAGCAGCCCGAUGGACGGUGCUCCCCGCCGACUCUGUCCUGUUUGAGCAACCUGACCGAGUGUUCUGAAGAAGGCAUAUGUCGAUGUAUAACCUCAUACACACUGGUUAAUGGUGAUUGUGAAAACGAUGGUAGUAUUUCCGGUGUAUGUAAGUCCACAGAUGUCGCGACCACGGGAGACUGCGAUGACGUCAACGCCAUGUGUGUUGAUGACGACACUGGUCAAUGUGCCGGUACCAACUGCAAGCCGGGCAUUUGCCGGUGUAAGGCCGGGUAUAAACUAGGUUCACUGGGCCAGUGCGCAGAAGAGUGUGCAACGGACAGUGACUGCUCGGACGCCAACGCGAACUGUCACCCCAUGUUGUUCGUGUGCGAAUGUUCCUUACAAUAUACACUUGUAAAAGACGUAUGUGUCGGACCUGGGGAAGUUGGUGGUGAAUGCAGAUCUACAUUGGGUUCAGAAUGUGAUGACGUACAUGCUGUAUGUUUGGACGGAAAAUGCACAUGUAAUGAUGUCAGACACUACGUCAUAAAAGACGGAAAGUGUGUCAAAAACGAUACGUAUACAAACGGCCAAUGCGGGCAGAACAAGCCAUGUCGAGACAGUAACGCCCACUGUCAGAGUGGUACGUGUGUCUGCAAGACCAACUAUGUGUCUGUAAAUGGCCGCUGUGUGAACGGCAACUCUUCAGUGAUCUCUUCUUGCAAAGGAGACUCUCCAUACAACACAUUGCAACCUGAAUGUCCAUCGGGCAAGACAGCCGUAAUAACGGACGCCUAUACUAUGGUAGCCAUGAGGGCGGCAUGUCCGCCCAAGAUGGAUGUGUAUAACUCCACCUUGUUUGAGCAAUGCUGCACGCCUAAUUCCACUGAUUGUAGACUCGAUGCCCCAGGCUGUAUGCAAGGCAGCUUCUCCACCUAUGACGUGGUCGAGUACACAUGCGUGGAUGAUUCCGCUGUUAUUGGUCAUGAAGACGAUGACAGUGUUUCCGGUAAUCCCGUGUACGUGGUGUCGCCUGGAGGCCAUACAGAAAGUGGUUCAGGCAGUGGCACUUCCGCUUCCUUAUGUCACGUGCGAGCAGACUGCAAGACCACUUUAUAUGUGUACGUGGUCUAUAUGGAGCAGGGAGGCGGCACGUGUUCACCUAUCCUUAUCUUAAAUGGUAACCAGACGGAUUGUAACAAAGACCCAGUAUUCACCACGGCUUCCGGAUAUUUGAAAGUUGAAUUUGUGGCAAACAAUGGCUCGUUCUCUCUUAAGUUUGAAGGUGAUGAGAACGUUUCAAUACAAGUAGCGUGUGGCAGUAAAUCCUCGUCUAUAACUCUAUCUGAACCCGACAGCUGUGACACGACAACUGAACCGCCGCCACCACCACCACCACCACCACCACCACCAGGUCGUUUCCAGGGAGCAUGUGUUAACUCGACGUGUGUGGAAGAAUAUCUGAUUUGUGAAAACAGCAUUUGUGUAUGUCGAGCCGGAUACUCGGAGGAUGGAGAGAUUUGUGUAAAAACUGACGAUCCACAAAGUAACACAAUGAUGUGGAUUGUUAUCACUAUCUGCCUGCUGCUGCUGGUCGGACUCCUCGUAAUUGCUUGGUUUUGUCUAAAGGACAAGAUAUGUAAACCUGUUGUGGCUAAACCGGACCUCAUCGCUGACACUUCUCCAGCUAAUACAAAGUUUGCAGCGACAACGAAGACCAUGGCUGUUACGCCAGCCAACGAGAAGUUCCGCCGGGAGAAUACAGACCUACCCUCAAGAACGACACUGCCACCCAUAACAAGUAAACCUCCUGUCCAACAACGAUGGCACGGUGCACUGGACGAGGUUCAGAAAAGAGAAAAGAAUAAGAAAGGGAAAUCCACGCGUCAGAAGAUGGAGGAACUGAUUCAGUCUCUGCGUACACCUAGGGGCAGUGACGCCGUCGGCAAUACCCGCUUCUCCAGAGCUUUAGAAAUGGAUAAAGUCACAGCCAUACCCUCACACAAUCUUAAUGAAGACCUAUCAGACAUGGACAAGAAGAAAAAGAAGAAAAAGAGCAGGAACAGAAAGAUUAAAAAUUCUAUAGCCGCAAUAUCUCGUUUCCAUUCAGGGGAUGAUUUUUCCGGCCAGCAGGGGGUUUUCAGACCGACCGAAAAUUUCCACACUUAUCAACCCCAAGUUGUACCGUUGGGUCCAGGUGGGCUGCCGUCGUUCAGAAAGUCAUCUGUGGGCGCGGAUGGCGUGCCGCUAGCCGACGGCGCUAGUAUAAACGGCUUCAUCACAAUGCAUCCUCCGCCCGGUCCGCCAGGUCGUCUCCCUCCUGUUCAGGCUCCCCAGGUUACAGGACCCGCUCCUAAAGAUUUUGUUGAAGCCGAGGAUCUACCAAAAAGUCUGCGAUUACCAUCGAGACAAGGUAUGUUUUCACAGUCUGGCACAAGCAACCCUGGCGCUUGGGCUCAGAGCAUUGAUCCUUCCACGGGAAGUUACCAUUCCGGAGUCCACCCUCCGCCAAACAUGGGCUUUUCGACGAAUUCCGAGCUGAGCUCAAGUGGUACUUUUGGGCCACUGUUUCGACGGACCUCGGUAGGUGUAUCAGGACAGCCAGCGGGUCAGUCGAUCUACUCGAGGCAUUCAAGCGGGGAUCAGUUUGCACCUCAUGAUCCUCAAGUAACUCCAAGACCAAGAACUGUAAGGCGACCGUCUCAACAGCUGGACAUCUCUUCUCUUGGCGACAGAAAUACGUAUGAAUAAACCUUCUGAGAUAUGACUUGUUGUAACACUGUUUUGCGAAAGAUUUACUUAUAAUUUUGUUAGAAUUGUUGUUUUCAAAUGUAUUUGUACAUUCUAUAAAAGCUGUUUAUAUAUAGUUAUUUUCUCAUUUAUUGUUAUUUGUGUGCCAAAGUCAGAAUUUAUAUGCAUAGGUUAGUAACACUUUGACAAUGUACUUAUUUCUCUUACUAAAUAUUGUCUUUAACACUAGGUACGCACGUUCGUUUAGUGUAUUUUAAGGAACAUCUUAUUAUAUAUGUUUACAGGCGCGUUCACUUACAAAUAACAUGUAUAUUAAUAGUGUUUUCUAUACAACAGUCCAUUUCAUAUAUUAUAUUUAGUACGUAAACCACAUUGUCAUCUGUUUCUGAGAGAUGUAAGCAUGGAGGCGCUUCUUCAUUAAAUCAGUUCUACUUGGAUCAUUUAGGUUAAUGCUGAUACGUGUAUCAAUGAUGAACUUUCUAAUACCUAUAUAUCUAUUGAACACCAAGUUACAGUGCUAAAUGCAAACUAACACAAUAUCAUUGAUUUGAACGUUCAUGAUUCUACAUACAGAAACUAAUAAAAGGUAAGGAAAUGGGAUUAUUUACUAAUGAAAAGUUAAGGAAAUGGGAUUAUUUACUAAUGAAAAGUUAAGGAAAUGGGAUUAUUUACUAAUGAAAAGUUAAGGGAAAUGGGAUUAUUUACUAAUGAAAAGUUAAGGGAAAUGGGAUUAUUUACUAAUGAAAAGUUAAGGGAAAUGGGAUUAUUUACUAAUGAAAAGUUAAAGGAAAUGGGAUUAUUUACUAAUGAAAAGUUAAAGGAAAUGGGAUUAUUUACUAAUGAAAAGUUAAGGGAAAUGGGAUUAUUUACUAAUGAAAAGUUAAGAAAAUGGGAUUAUUUACUAAUGAAAAGUUAAGGAAAUGGGAUUAUUUACUAAUGAAAAGUUAAGGAAAUGGGAUUAUUUACUGUUAUUUGAGGAUUGUUUUGCUAUAAUUUACAGUUCACGUCUUAAUGUCAGUAUUAUCGAUAUGUCAUCAAGUCUCAUAAUUUGCAAUAUUUAUAUAUAUAAACCAGGAUUUUUACUUUAUGUUGUUGUGUGAUGUAUUUACAAAUACUGUUAUAUUUUUAAGAUAUUGGUU